CAGGUGAGUGGAUUAGAAGGAGGAAAUGGAACUGCCAAACCAUGCCAAACAAUUGCUACUUCAGCUCAACCAGCAGCGAGCCAAAGGUUUCCUCUGUGAUGUCAUUAUUGUCGUGGAGAAUGCAUUGUUCCGUGCCCACAAGAACAUCCUGGCAGCCAGUAGCAUGUAUUUCAAGUCCCUGGUCCUCCAUGACAACUUGAUUAACUUGGACACAGACAUGGUGAACCCGAAUGUAUUCAGACAAGUUUUGGAUUUCAUUUACACUGGGAAGCUUUGUGCACCAUCUGACACAGAUGGUGAACAGAACUUUGGUGCCCUCCUUACUGCAGCAAGCUACCUCCAGUUGCAUGAUCUGGCUGCAAUUUGUAGGAAGAAGUUAAAGAGGAAUGGCAAACCAAUGCCUGUCAAGGUCAAUACCCUCAACAGUGGCAGACCAAUCAGAAGUCAUAGACUAAAUGCAUCGCCGGUUAUCCAUAACCAAUAUUCUGUGGCAGUACAAGAAAGUACUGUCCCACUCUCAAAUGAACUGCAGAAGGCUUCUGAUGAUGAGGUCUAUGCGAGUCCAAACCAAGACAGUUCGCUCACUUCUAGCAGGGGAGGCAGUAAAAACGGUAGCAGUAAUGCAAACGGGAGCAGUGGUGGUGAACAGGAGCUUGGUCUUGACCUAUCCAAGAAGAGCCCGUCUGUCUCAACUCCACAAUCUCAGGAUGAGGUGCAUCUCAACGAAAUUCAGCAGGAUUCUCCACAGUCUGCCUCAAACUGUGUCGCCAACAGUGCCUCUUUUAGUGACCCGGCAGCCAGCAACCAAAACGACGAGAGCAGUGAAGUGAUGGAAGUGGAGAUCACGGAGGAAAACCACUCCUUGACAGACACUGGACAGCAGAGAAAAAGCCUGCGACAUUCUGCACGCAAGAAAGAAUGGGCAAAGAAGGAGAGUGCAUUCAAAAGUAAAGAUGGCGGAAAAGUUGGUGAGGACAACGAGUCUCUGCCCAAUGGUGUGAUUGUAGGCCCACUUGGCAAGUCAGCCGAACGCACAGUGAAUGCUGUUAACAGUUCAGGGAAAUCUUUUUCUUGCAAGCGAGAAGUGGCGAAUGGUAAGGAGAACAGUGAAGAGAGUGGUCACAGUGAAAAUGAGAGUGGACACACAAGUGCAAAUUAUGUGUAUAGACAGGAAGGAUUCGAGUCUGUGGCUUAUGGUGAUAACUUGUAUGUUUGCAUACCAUGUGGUAAAGGCUUUCCCAGCUCAGAGCAGCUCAAUACCCAUGUGGAGACUCACACAGAGGAGGAGCUUUAUAUCAAAGAGGAAGACUCCUAUGUGAAAGAGGAGGCAGAGGAAGCUGAGGAUCUGUCUGCCCCAAACCCUCCUUAUGGCAGUGAUUCCAGACCAUUUAAAUGUUCAGUAUGUGAGAAGAGCUACAAAGAUCCUGCAACUCUGCGUCAGCAUGAGAAGACGCACUGGCUGACGCGGCCAUUCCCUUGUAAUAUAUGUGGCAAAAUGUUCACACAGCGGGGUACCAUGACACGACACAUGCGCAGUCAUUUGGGCCUCAAGCCUUUUGCUUGUGAAGAGUGUGGGAUGCGCUUCACGAGGCAGUACCGCCUAACCGAGCAUAUGCGGGUCCACUCAGGUGAAAAGCCCUAUGAAUGUCAACUGUGUGGUGGAAAAUUCACCCAGCAGCGGAACCUGAUCAGCCACCUGCGAAUGCACACCUCGCCGUCAUAAGCCAAAGACUUGGAUUAUUUCCAGAGAAUGUGCUUUUACUCUGCAUUGAUUACCUUUCUGUGGACAGCUGCUUAAGGGAGGGAGCUAAUGUGAAAUUCAAUCAUGGGCAUGCAGAAUAGGAAAAUGUUUCUGAAUUGGGCAUUGCUUACAAAUACAUUCACACAUCUAUUUAUACAAGUGCACGCACAGGACAAUUGACAUUCUGGGUAAUAUAUUACAUUAAGCAGGUAUAUCCGUAUCUCUCCAUCCUAGCAUACAUUCUGGCAGCUAGGUUGGGGGAGGAUUCAUUUCUUGUGCCAACUUUCAGUAAAUCCAAAUAUCAGUACCUCUGCGCAGUCAUUUCACCUUCCUUGCUUUACCUCCUGAACUGACAGCGCACAGGAUGCUACCAUCUAGCCACUAUUAGCAUCAUUUAAGAAUAUAUAUGUGUAUACCUGCAGCAUGCAGAAAUGAGCCAAAGGCAUUGUGUAGUAAUUGUCUACACACUGAGCUAUCCAAAGAAAAAUCAAAACUGAAAGCUUUCUCUUGUUGAAACAAAAAUGGCAGUCGGCCCUCAAUGGGUUGGCUCUCCACUUCCUUUGCAUUCUUGAGUGUUUCUCUUCUGCCUUCCCGUGGUUGUCAAUUUUAGUUGCCCUUCCACAGAAUCCCUUAAAGUGAGCAGGGGUCUUUCAUUUUCUAUUACUACUUAGGGAUAUGCUUUGAAACAUGGAGGUACUUGCUUUAUAAUGGAGAAGAACUCUUGUAAUGUUUAUGUGAAUGUUUAAACUGGAAGGUCUAGGGUUAAUUCUGGGGAUUGUUUUAGGGUGUAGGUUGGACUUGCUACAAGUUCCAUAGGUACUUUUAUUUUUUUAUUUUGUAUGUAUGUUCAGUUAUCCUCCCCUCACUCAAAAAAAAGAAAAGAAAAAAAAAAAGAAAAAAAAAGACAGGUCUUUAUAGACUUGUUACCUUGCUACCUCUCAAUAAGUCAUGAGAACAAUAAGUCAAGUCAGUGAAGAGUAAUUUCCUGUAUGUAUUUUAAGUGUAUUAAGUAGAGACUUUUUCAUUUGGGCAUUUUACCCAGCCAGGAUCUCUGCAAAUAAAAUGUUAGUCACACGAAGCCAAGCAAAUAUACAGCCAUAGAAAGCUACGCACAUUCUUGCAUAUAACAGUCUGGACUCAGUAAUACUGUGAUGUUAAUCUAAUUUGCAAAGACCAAGUCUCUUCAUUGAGGCUGAGUGUAUUAAUAAGCAAUGGUUGAUGACUUUAUAAAGUUUGAAACCUUAUGGAGUGGGUUGAAAAGGGGAUCUUCAGUGUUUUUAAUCUCUCUCCCCAUGUGGACCUCAAGACUCUAGGCUUCACAUUAUUUUGUCCUUUGUGUGUGGGCUCUGGAAUAUUCUUUUUCACCAAAAAGGCUUGAUAACUAUGGCUUGACCUUCAUGCUUUGGCUGAUAGCAUUGUUUGAUGAUUGUCACAUGUUUUCUUCUGGGAACAUUAGCAUACAGUGUUUUCACUUGCAUUUAUGCAAACUUUGUGUACUUGCAAUGUAAAAAGUAUGUUCUUGCCCCACCAGAUAUCUCCCUGGACUUGCCAGAGGUCAGUACAGAGACAGCUUGCAUCCCCACCCAAGAUAAGUGAGCUAGCAACUGAUCUCCAUCUGGUCUGUUGGUUGAUGGGUUCAUUUUUGCCAGCAGUGCAGAUGGGCAUUUCAGUCACUUCAGAGCCAGUAGGACCACUCCAAAAGUCAGUCAUGUGUGUCUGAUACAGCGACACCAAAAUGUUCCGCAGGCCUGAUGAAAUAGUUGCUCAACAAGAGGAGAGGUUUAAAAAAAAAGUCUUCUAAUGGAGGAGCAUUCAGCUGUUCCCCAGAGUUGGUUCUGCUUUUUGAUGAACUUUGGGGAAAAUUGGAAUAAAGCCUCCGAGUCCCUUGCACUCCAAGUAAUAAUGUAGACAUUAGUUGGAACGCUUACUCUAACCAAGAGUGAUGUGGAAUUCUGAAGCUCAGGGAAGCUGCUUACUGAAGUAUUCAAAAACCUACCCUUCUGCAUUGGAUCCAUUUGAACUUUUACUGGGUCACUUCGUGUGUUGAGAACCCUCCAUUGCCUUUCCUUUCUUGCACAAAACUGCAGCCCAUUAAAUAACUUGACCGUUUUCUAGCAGUAUGUUGCAUGCUUGGCUGAGUAAAAUGUUCGCCAUGUCUAACAGUUAGGCUCUGCCCUGUGAGUUGGCUUAAGGUUUACAUGUUUUGUUUGUUUUGUUUUGUGUGCUUAAGACCAUUGUACUUUUAUUUAUGGUGUCAGUUGACCCUACUUACCAGUUCAACAGCUUUUAUUUUUUUUUUUUUCAAUUUAGACCAAAAAAGUAAGCAUGUUCAGCUGAAAAAAAGUUUAACGUUGAGGUUCAUCUAUUAAGUUAGUGUAGACUUUCUCUGAAGAAGGGGAGGAAGACAAGUAAUAAGUUCCAUUGAACUGAGGAAAUGUAAUAAUAUAAAUGACCCUGUAGAGAAAGGGAGAAUGUCUGUAAUUGGUUUAUUUACUAGGAGUACAUUCUUUGCAUUGUUUUUUCACCUCAUGAGUUAAGCAUCGCCUGAUUUUUACUCCAAAGAUCUCAGUGCAAGUCUAGUUGUAGAAUUCACUCCUUCUCGUCUUACCUGUUUUCCCCAGUCUUGCUAUUGUAGGUUGGGUUACACCUAGAUCAGAUCUUAAACUAGUGGCUGUUAAAGUAGCCGAGUCUGAAACUUCAAAAUGAUUUAACUGUUUGGUAUUAUUGCAAGCAAAAAAAUAAGCUUGGUCUAAGAUUGGCAAGGAGGUUCCUGAUGCACUGAAAUGUAUAAUACCCCUUCGUUUUUUUUUUUUUUGUUUUGAGCCUCUGUCCCCCCCUUCGUUUUUAAUAGCUUGUUAAUAGCAUACUCAGAACAGAGUACAAUUUUUUGUUCAUGUAAAAAGGAAGGUAUUUGGUACAGAAGGCCAUGACACUUGUAUAGCCCAGUUCAGUGGAAACAGAUGUAUGUCAUCACAGUUUUCUUUAUUGUGCAGGAUGCAAUAUCCUCAGACGCGUCAUAAUGAUGCAAGAAGUGAUGAAUGUCAAAACUGCAGAGGGGAUUGUUUGUUUUUAAAUAGAAGAUCCUUAUUUUUUAUAUUGGUAUUUUGUCCUUCAACAUUAAAGGGGAUUUUUAGUGCUGAUCAUUUUGAAGUUUUAUGACAAAGUAGUUACAGAGGAGGUAAUUUUUCUUUUCCGUUUGUUUCAUUUUUUUUUUAAUUAAUUUUUAUCAGCACUUAAACAGUUGCGACAUAAAGUCUGUGUAAUUGCAGGACUGAUUUGUACAAAUGGAGCCGUCUUUCAUGUAGCUGUUGUAGGGUUGUAUUCUAGAGAAUGAAUGUUGGUACAUUUCCAAACUGUGACAGUAAUAAUGAUGCUCAGAGCUUCAGGGACUGCUUAGCGCCCCCUAUGGUGCUGGCCUCUCAACUACAUUUGUAAGACAUAGUAUUGUAUCAAACUUUCUGUAUUUUAAUUAGAAAAAAAAAGAAAAAAGCAGAACACUAGUUUCAUAUUUAAGGUUUUAAGAAAUGGGGUUACUUUUUGUUUUGGAAAGACACAAAGAGCCUCAGAAAGAAAAAUUUAAAUAGAGGCCCGGCAGCUUUUGUGAAAAUUUAUGCUUUACUCAUAGGUUCUGAAUGCUUUUGUGGGGUGGGGGGUGGGGGUUAUAGUAGCAGAGUUGUAUAAGAGCUCAUACCCAAAUUCGCAAACUAUUUUUUAAACCAAAGCACAUUUGAAUGAGUAUGGAACCUUGUGUGACUCCAAAAAAAAACAAAAAAAAAAACAAAAAAAAAAUCUUUUUUAUGUAUUUAUCUCAUUGUUUACAUAAAGUUUUACAGUUUCAGACCUCAACAGAGCUAGAGAAAGGCCAGUCAAAAUUGAUCUUGUUUUUCCCAUUUUCCCGUUGUUCCACAGUUAGCAUUCCAGUGCUUCCUGAGGAAAAGAUUUUCCAUUCUGAAAUUGGAGUGCAGUCACUUGAACUGACCAGGUUAUUAAAGACUUUGAAGGGGUAUAUGAGAAAUUAUGCCGAAUACUCAGGAAGUGGCAUAUCUUUUGAUUGACAGCUGUACACCUUUCCAGGAGGAGUAAUGGGGUUUGUAUGCAGAGGAGAUAGAUUUGUACACCAAAAGAUGGAAGUCGCUUUAAUUCUGUAUUUCCAGACAGUGCCUUGUCCACAGCUUGGCAUUUCCUUUUCAAUUUAGAAAGGAACAUUGAGGGUUAUCCUCUAAAGUGUUAUCUCCAGCCAUUUACAAUAGCCAGUAGAGCAGUCCAAAUAUAUGCACAUACAUUAGUUUGUGUAAAAGUCGAGAAAGGUUCUUUCUGUGCCUCAAAUGAAAAUGUGCAAGGAAGAAGUGGAACCUUUUUCUACUUCCCAGGAUUCCCCUUCAGAUUUUGGUCUGUAAGAAGAUGUAAUUCUUCUGUCUCUAUCAGUUAAUGUGAAAGUGGGUAAUGACCACUGAUAUAUAUUUUUUUAAAUUCAUUCUACUUUAUCUUUACAUAAGAUUACCUUUGCAUGGUAACCUGUAGUCUUUCUGCCCUUUCUUCUUGCAGACCACUCAGUGUGAAAAAUGUCGGGCCCACAUACAAUAAGAUGCUGUUAGGAUAAGGGUUACCUAGGUGGUGAUGUGAUUAGCUGUCUCCUGUGACUUUUCUUGCCCAAGCAAUUUUUCUGGGCUGUUGAUGCAGAACGUCACCUUUACUUCUACUCUACUUCUCUCAGCCUUUCCAAGCUGGCAUUUAUUAACUUGUCCAUUUCUUGGAACAUGGCAAAUGUAACCAAAAUUUAGGAGUUUUUGUUUGAGAGUUGAUGUAGAGGGGAUGGGAAAAGUAUGUGUUCUAUGGUCGGUCUGACUGUACUGGGUCACUGAUGAAAGUCCUGCCUUUGCCAAAGUCAAAGGAGCAUGAAACUUUCAAAGGAAAAAGGGUACAAAUUUAUUGGGCAAUUUUAAAACAAACGCCAAUGAAGAAUGAGCCGUUUAAGUUGAGUGAAAAAUAAUAUUCAUUUUGUCUGGUCUGGUCUCUUCCGCAGAUGGUGCAAACACUUUUUGACAGUGUUCUUUUUGUAUCGAUAUGUAUUGCAGUAAUGAAUGUAUUUAUUCCUUGGAUCCUGUAUGCACACAAAUACGAAUUUUUGUUCUUGUUUUUCUUUUUCUUUUUUUUUUCCCCUUAUUUUGUAAAUGAUUCAAUGUGUUUGCAAAAAAAAAAAAAAAAAGAAAAAAGUAAACAAGAAGCAAGAAGAUGGAAAAACAAAGAUGUGUACACAGGGUCUUCUUUACAGGAUUUCAAACAAAAAUAAAUAAAAUUGUGAAUCUCAGAGACUUUCAGCAUAGCCAUAUACCACAACCUGUGAAGAUGCUACAGUGAAACAGGAACUGGACUUUUUAUAGCUUUGCAUUGCAGAGGAAAUCUGUUUUCUCUAUUUAAUAUGUCCUGUGUUGGUUAUGGUGCGCACUCUGCCUAAGAUGUUUAUAUGAAGCGCAUUGUCUUUAUUUGAUUGAUUUUUUUUUUUUUUUUUUUUUUUUUUGUAUUUACUGUCAAUCUUAGUUCAUUGAUUCUAGUAGUUUGCAGUAUUUAUCGGUCACAUUCAUGUUUUUUUUUUCUUCUCUCUGUCUCUCUCCAAGCAAGGAUGUUGCUUCAGUGGGGACAUUAAAUGUAGAUCUUGCAGUAUUUUCCUGUUUUGGGAUGCAGAUGGAGGUACAGGAGUGUGUGUGUGAUGUAUAGAAUCGUAUUGAUUCUAUAACACCAGGGCCUUUUUUUUGUCUCUGUACAUGCUUUGUGCUGAACAUUUUAACAUUUUGUUGACUAAAACAUUUUAUGUGGCACAUUUUCUGAGAAUAUCCUGUUGUACCUACUCACAAAAGUUGCAUGAUUGCCCACUGAGGCAUGGUCACUAGUUCAUUCCUUCAGAAUUCUAUUGAUUGGUGUGGGCAUUUUUAUCCUUAAAACAGCAUUGCAGUGUUUUCUAUCACAGACUACAACUCUGUACUACCAUGAGCUCAUGGAAAAAUGUCUUUUACUAACUUAGUUGCAGUUUAACAAAUGAAAAUGAGUGGGUUGAACUGUAAAACACUCCACCCAAGUUGAGCUCCGUCAUUUUAGUUGGCAGAAUUCUGACAAAUAUGUUAGAUUUGGUAUUCAUGUUCUGUCCCAGCUGUGUUUUGUUUCACAAAAGCACUGUGCACUUCUAUGAGGGUGCAUUUACAUAUGACAAGAGUCUAGAUAAACAUUGACCAUCCCCCCUUUAUUGGUUUUGAUUAGGUUCAUCUCCAACUGCAAUUCAACUAAAACCUUGAAAGAGGCCUUUGUUAGAGAUGGUGGUUCACUUCUUCCAGUGCAUGUUAAUAGUGUCCUGGGUACUUCAGUUCACUUGUUCCCUGACCCUGCCAGAUUUUUUUUUCCCGCUAAUUGCAACAACUCGGAUUAUACUUUGUGUGCAAAGGGCUGCAUUUGCAUCUCUAGUACACCUUCAUAAUGUACCAUUGGCCAUCACAUUCCAAGAAAGUGUCCACUCUAGCAUUACCUUAAUAGUUUUGAAGUGACAUGCCAUAAAACUACCUUGAAUCUUGGCUUUUCAACUCUGCCACUGUAAGACCACAUAGGGAGAUGCUGUUGGUCUGCCUCACUAC